AAUCCUGAUUUUUCGAUUUCAUAGAGUGGCAGGUCUGUUGGGAUCUAGGAAUGGACGUCCCGUUACGGUUCAGGCCCUUAGGGUGUAAUGUGUAAACGCACGAUGGGCUACGUCACUAGGUUUCAUCGUCGACUCAUUGGGCUGUAUGUGCAUGUGUGUUUAGGGUUGGAGGCGUGGAGGGAGUUUGAUUUGACGAAGCUACAGCGAGCACCUAGCACACUUUUGUGAUUGGCCCAAUAUAGAUGAUGUAUGUCCGCCAUUUAUUUUUGUCGUCUUCUGGGGCUUCCCUCUCUAGUUAACCAGAUCUCAGCUUGGUUAGCCCACUUUGCUGCCCAACGCGCGAUACGCGCUUGUGUGCGUGUGUGUGUUUGUACGAUUUUCAGGAGAAGGUAAAUUUAUGGUACGAGAAUUUCUGAGAUUGUUUACAAAAAAGAUAACACCAAUUAGUACAAAAAAACCCAAACAUGGCGAGAUCUAGUCGAAAGUUACUGGUGAGGGAAACCCGAGAGUCUUGGGGGAUACCCCGGACAAUGACAAAAAUAAAUGGCGGAAAUACGUCAUCUAUUUUUGGGCCAAUCACAAAGUGUGCUAGGUGCUCAUUGUAACUUCAUGGCAGUCCCUUUUGAAGGCAUUUUCAAAUGAAGUAUAGUCCAGGAACGUUGCCCCAACCACAAUUGAAGUAUUUGAAUAUUCAGGCAUCUAAAAAUCUCUAGCUCUAGAAAUUGGAUUUGAUGCAAAAAAUGCUUUACAUUCCAGUCCUCGCAGAACGGCGGAAUGAAAGAUGUGUCUGAACUCUCCCAUAUGAAAACAAAAAUCUCGAGAACGGAAACCGCUCAAAGAGACUUUGGCAAGUCAAGUUUUUUUUCCUGAGCGUUCGGAGAAAUAGUCCCUUCGUUUUUUUUUCAAAUUGUUUUUCUUAGGCUUUUUGGCUAUUUGUAGAUUUGUCGCUAAAUCUGCUUUUUUUCGAUACAUUCCAAGGUAAACUCAUGAUUAUCAACUUCUGACCAAGGUAGUAUCUUCACAAUUGCUUUACUUUCAAGGAAAAGAGCCUUUAUUUUAUACUUGGAUAGGAUAAGGAUUGUGAUAAUUUCGUCUUGUAUUUUGUCUGGGUGACGUGUUUCUUUCAGUGUGUUGGACAGUUCUGAUGCCUUGAAUGUUCUAGUGUAUGUUGUGAAAUCAUCUGAAUUGUCUCUUCGAUCUAAAGUGUAUAGGUUGACAGUUAUUCUCUUUGCCCAUUCCUGCAUUUCAUAGCAUGAGCAGAAGAUACAAUGCACUUUCAUGGGAAUACUCUUUAGUAAAAUGUCUGAGAUAAGUGAAGCGCAUUCUGUUUGUUCUUUCCUUGGCUCUCGCUAUGCUCUCUCUUCAAGAGAUACUUGGGUGUCAAUGUGCCUUGGCUUGUUUUAAAUUUAAUUGGAUUCAGAAGACUGUUUGCACUAAUAUUGAUAAGGAGUUGUCAGCAAAUUCUAUCUGCAUUAUAAGGUCAUCAAGGAUCUGAAACAGCCUUGCAUUAUGGCUUACUUCAGCGAUGGCAGUGUUGACUGUUGCUAUCUGACACCGCAUCAUGUUACACACCUCCAGGCUGAAAAUGUUUUUCAGCUCAUGUUCAACAGAACAAAUUGUGAACGAUAUAUGAUGGUUGAUAGUCAAUUGUUAUUGGUACGAUCGUCUUUUUGUUGGAAGCGAGAUACAUAGAAAAAUAGAAGUAUUGAAAAAGAAACGAGAAAGGACUUGCUUACGUGUGUUCAAUCUACAAUGCAGAUGCAAAUCACUUACUUCCCUGAGAUGCCAAGUUUGUUUGCUACUUCAUGCUUUGUCUGGCUCAUUGAUUCUGCUUUUCUCUCAUUUUUUAAAUCUAGAAUUCUCACUAGAAUUUGUUUAUAUGGGUCAGGGAGUUGAUACCCAUACUUAAUGAAACAUAAGCAAUUUGAACAAAAACGUUUUCCUUUGUCGUAAAAAAUGCAAUUUGGUUUGGGGAUUUAUUUCAAGAAAAGAAGCAGGGUGAGGGCAACUGUUGCACGUUUGAUUCUGUCAUUACCUUUGUUAAUAAUUUACCUACUUCUGAGGGCUGCAAAAAUCCCACUUUUCAUUUGCCUUUAGGAGGGUUGAUUGAGAAGGUGAUUUUGUGAAAUUCAUAUCAAUGAUCUUUAUUUUUUGUCACAAAUUUUGCGUACUGGAGAAACUGUUUACGGCGCGUUUUUGAGAAAAAGAAAAAUGAGCUGUCACUGAACGAGUUCCAAGUCCGAUUUUUGAGCGUUUAGACUGAUCAUCAGAGGUUGUCAUCGUUGCUGUCACACUAAAAGACUUGCCUGAUGUAGCCACACAAAACAAAAGAGCUGAGGCCAUGCAGGAGUGAAUGUUGUGCGCGUGUGUGCAUUCACCUCCCAGACAGUGUGUUCACCACUUUGCCAUUGGUGCACUCGCGUGUGUGUAGUGUGUAGUGCUUCAUGAUGAUGGAGUAUGGCUGGGACACCUCGGAUGAGGAUGGCGGGAUGGAGAUUGAUCUAGAAGCGAAACAGGAAGAGAUGAAGCAGCCUUCAGGAAAUGCUAAUGUACCAGAGCGAGGGGUUGAGAAAGUUCCAGAGCAGUCUGUCUAUGACCCGUCAGAACCCACUGAUGACUAUGACCCAUCAGAGCCCACAGAGGAAGCGUUCAGCCCCAACGCCGGGGGCAAGUCUCCGUGUGAUGAUGGGGAAGGAGGAAAGGGGAGUGCACAAGUCUCUGACUAUGAUCCUGCUGAGCCAACGGUCAGUGACGAAGAAGAGGAGGUCGUCGACAACUCUGUGGAGAAAGAUGUGGAUGGCGAGGAUGUUGGUGGAGAGGACGGGGCUGAGGAGGACAUUGAGGCAACUGGUCAGGAUGCUGAUGGAGACCUACCUCAAGAAGAAGAAGGGGAGGAAACGGGUGAAGAUAAUGUGAAUCAAAAUAACUUUGAAGACAAUGGGGAUAAUGAUGAUGGGUGUGCUGCUGAGGCGACGGGUGAUGGGGCAGAAAAAGAGGAAGAGGAGGAAGGAGACGGUCGCUGGGACUCUCAAGGUUGCGAGUCUCAGGAGGAUGUAGAUUUAAGUAAUGGUGGCGAGCAGGUUGACAUGCCUGAGGGCUGCUCGUCUCCUAUCACUGCUGACUUGAGCGAAACGUCUUUGCUCCUGGGGCAGGGGGAGUCGGUGGAGGAGGAGGAAGAGGAGGAGGAUGGGAAAGUGGAAGGGGAAGAAGAAAACCAAGAGGGAGUGGAGGAAGAAGGUGAGAGGGAUGAAGAGCGUGAGAGGGAGGGGGAAGGUCAGAGGAAUGAGAUGCAUGUGGAAAGUCCCCCAGAAGUAGAGGAGAGGCCAGAUGUGGAGGAGGUGGCUUGCAGCCCGGAAGAAGACCAGGGGGAAGUCUCUGUUCCCAGUCCUGAUGCACAGAAGGAGGACAGCCGAGCAGGCAGCCCCAGCCCUGAAAAGGGUCAAGACAUCCCACUGGACACGGAUGAGAACACACAGACCUCGGUGGUGGACAAUGAGGAGGAGGUAUACAGCGAUGUGCCUGAUGUUGCUUUUGAUGACAGUGACUUCGUCUUGGAGAAGGAACCCUUUGAUCAGGGUGGCGAAUCUGUAGAGGGAGAGGAUAAACUCACGGGGAGAAGUUUUGAUCAGGAGAUGGAGGAGAACGUAAGUGGAGACGAACGCUUAGAGGAGGUGGACACGGAAGAGAGAGAGAGGUUGCGUCGACAGGAAGAGAUUGACAGCCGGAAUGAGAAAGCACUGGUUGAUUUAUUCCGUGAAGAGAGUGACCCCGAGAAGAUAGAGGAUGACGUGGAGCAACCAGUAAAGAAAACCAAGAAGAAACUAGGUUCAAAGAAGCUGAAAAAGAAAGGAAAAAAGUUGAAAAAAGGUCAGGGUAAGAAAGGAUUGUCCAAGCAGCAGGAGAAGGAAGCAGAGGACCAAAGGUUUGUGGAAAUUAGACGUGACCGGCAGAGUGUGGAGAGUCGGGAAGAGGGGGAGCUGGACACUGAAGGGGCUGGGCUUGGUCGUAGCAAGAGCCAGGAGGAGAGAAUGUCGGCAUACGAGCAAGUGUUUGACCUAGGCCCUGCUAACCAUGGCACCGAGGAGCAGAGGGAGCCAGGGGAGAUUGUGGAGGUUGAUGGCAGCAAGAAGAAAGGAGGGAAGAAAAGAGAGAAAAAGGAGAGAAAGAAGAAGAAAAGCCGGCGAGAGGUGGCCACUAUCGAGGAGGGGAGUCAAGGAGAUGAGGACUCGCAAAAGUUCCCCUCCUUCCUAGCCGGCUUUUUUGUGCAGGAUGAGGCAGGGGAGGAGAUAGAUGAGAAUGUUGACCCAGACCCAAACUCUUUUCAUGGGGAGGAGGAACGGCACUUUCACAGGGUGGAGAAAAAUUACCGCAAGCGCCAUGACUCUGGGGCUGAGGACUCGGUGAAGAGCUUUGACCAACACAUUGAUGGCAGCCUGAACCAGGAGGUGAGAGGGGAGGAGUCGGAACACAGACGCAGUAGACGUCAUGAGGAGAGGAGGCAGGAGUCGAGGGAUAGGAGGCAGGAGAGUCGAGACACUCGCGAGGUCCGCAGGGAGAAAGAACACCGACAUGGCACACCCCGUGACAGGGAGAGGGAGAGGGCUCGGGGAGACCGGGAGAGGGAGAGGAGCCACAGGGAUCGGGAAAGAGAGCGGGAAAAGGAGAGAGAAGCUGGGAGAGAAAGGGAGAGUGGCCGAGAUAGAGAGAGGAGUCGUCGAGUGGAAGUGGAGGAGAGGAGGCGUCGGCAUAGCAGAAGUAGGUCUCAGGAGCGGAGGAGACGCUCUGGGUCAGCAGAGAGAGUCAGGAGGUCACGGUCAAGGGAUAGAUCCUCACGACAUAGAAGACAUAGGUCAAGGUCUCGAGAUAGGUCUGUAGAGCGAGAACGAGAGAGAGAACGGGAAAGGGAGCGGGAGAAGGAAAGAGAGCGAUCUAAACGUAGGCAUCGUGACCGCAGUCGUGAGAGGGACUCUGAGCGCAGGCGUCGGGCAUCUCCGUCCCGGUCACGCAGUCCACGGCGACGGUCUGAGCGGGCGAGCUCCAAUAAAGAAAAUCGCGAUGACAGUUCCCGCAGACGGCGCCAUCAUGCUCGCACACAUGAGGACAGUGAGUCUGAGGAGCGAGGCAGUGGCCGUGGCUCUCAUCGCCGCCAGAGACAUGAACGUGCCCGUAGCAGUAGUUCCUCUUCAUCUUCGUCCAGCACGAGCAGUGGUAGCCUGCGUCAGAAAACCCAUGGUGGGCGGCGCAGCUACCAGAGCCAGGACAGUUCCGAUGAGGGCGCUUCCAGCGACGUCAUUUUGGUUGAACCAGAGAGAAUCGUCAUCAAUCUGGACGAGGAAGAAGACCCUCCUUCUAGGGUAGAUAUCACUCAUGCUAAUGCUGUUGACGACAGUACCACUCUUGUGGAUGGUGAGAGCAUACCGCCCCCACCAGAGUUGUCUGGAAAUGCUCGCCGCAGUGCCCUCAUUCAAAUAAACCCAGCUCCCACAGACAACGAUGCAAGCCGGGAGGAAGAGGAGGAUGGGGAUGCAACCCCAACACGAGAUGAACACACAGAUGCUGUACGCAGGCAGACUGACAGUGCCCGGAAGACUGUCAAUGAGUCUGAUUAUGACCCUGCUCAUCCGACAGAGGAGCCGGAGGACCGCGAAGUGAGUGCGCCCGCUGCUGCUGCCCCCGCACCAAAUUCAGCCCCCAAAGACGCAGGCCCUGUGCCCCCCAACCACCCGCCCCCCGAGGAGGUGCGCCCUUCUCCUCCCCCAGGUCCUGCCCUAUCAGAGAGUGGGCCUCCCUCUCAGGGCCUUGCUCCCCCACUUCCGGGCGCCCCCCCUGCUCCUCACAUGCCACUAGUCAACCACAUGUUCCAGCCACAGCCUCCCCCGCCCGCUCCUCCGCAGCAACAGCAACAACAGCAACCUAUGCCAGGGAUGAUGAGAUUCCCUGGCAUGGCAGGAGGUGGUGGUGGCAGUGGGCCCCAGCGAUUCCCUUGGCCUCUGGGCGGAGGACCCGGUGGGAACAUGCCCCCUCAGAACAUGAUGCAUCAGAACAACAGGCCGGCAGGCUUUCCUCCAGGACAGCCAACAGGCCCCCAUGCUCGAGGGCUCCUGCCUACACCAGACGCUCGACCCAUGUUCCCAGGGGAUGCCCCUCGCCCAGGGCUGCCCUUUUCCCCCUCUAUGCCUCCGAUGUCCCACCAGGGUUUACAGAGGGACUCUGGGGGCCCCACUCACCCUAACAUGAGACCUUCCAUGCCUAUCUCCUCCAUGGCCCCCCUCGCACAACUCACCAGCCUUCUGCCGGCACUGGAGAAGGCCAAACUAGCGUCCCAGCAAGGUGAUCGGGGCAUGCAACAGCCCCCACAAGCGUUCAAAACCCCCCAAAUGCCUGUGAACUCAAUGGGCGGCCCUGGUCUUCUGGGCAAAGGCCCUCUCUCCAACAGCUCGGCUUCCAACAUGGGGAUGGGCCGGUCCAUGGGCGGUGGCCGUAGCAUGCGAUCAGGAGGUCCAGGCGGACCUGAUGAGUCCACGGAGGUGGUGGACAUGGACAUGAGCCCAGGGGAAGACGAUUGUGAACUGGAACUCCCCUCUCCCAACUCGGACUCCUCCCCAGAUGAGCGGCGACGAAGAGGGCGCCGCUCGGACCACAAGGCUUCUGCUGCCGGAGAUUCCAAGGCUGGCCAGGGCAAAGGUCUGGUCCAGCCGGCUGUGUACCUGAAGGUUCUGAGCAAGGUCAUUGAGAAGCUUGCCCCCAAAGGUCAAGGCCAGGUGUCUGGUCCAGACAAGGGCAGACAGUCACGGCGACGGAGGAUGGACGUUCCAGAUGAUGAUGUCCCAGCCAGUGCUGUGGAGCUCACCAACAAAGAGAAGUACAUGAAGAAGCUUCAGUUCCAGGAGCGUGUCAUUGAUGAAGUGAAGCUGGCCAUAAAGCCGUUCUACAGCUCCAAGAAAAUAACUAAAGAACAGUACAAGCUUAUAUUGAGAAAAGCUGUCCCAAAAGUCUGCCACAGCAAGAGUGGGAACAUCAACCCGCAAAAGAUUCAGCAGUUGGUAGAGGCAUAUGUGGGCAAGAUGAGGAAAGGUCACAGUCUGGGCGGCAAGAAAAAGAAAGGGCCUCACCAGGGCGGCAAAGAAGGCAUGCCUGCUGCGGCCAACAAAGAAGCCAAAGAGAGCAGCGGUGGUGGUGGUGGCGGCCCGCAGGCUGUGAGGCAAAACGGAGAGCGUGCCAAGAAACAAGCGAGAUAAUGAUGGUGGAUCUGUAUGAAAGAGGGUGAAUGUUAUGGAGUGUGGUGUAGGUACCAGGAGAACAGGACCUGUUUAUUACGUAUGACUCUGUUGUUGAUGCCUGUAUGUCACGAGAGAGAGAGAGAGCUUUGUGCUGUGCUGUGCGUCAUUGACAUAAAUAAUGUCAAUUUCCGAAUUUAGGUCAGCGACUUUCAGAAUUUGUUACCAAUGCCUGAAUUUAGGUCACGGAGGUACUGAGUUUGUGACCAUUAUUGGACGUGUAGUUCUGGCAGUCUCUGUAGACCAAGACUACCUACUCGACAAUCGGUGAUUGUAGAGAAAUGUUUGUGUAAACCAUUUCCUGUCACUCAGGCACGGGGUGGAGCCAGUAAAAACAUCUCAGCUAGCCAGCCAAUUCUGGUCUGUGCUGUUGUCCUCAGUUUUUUUUGUUGCCAAUCAUAUGUUUUAGUUACCGUACCGCAGACUUUCCCUCGCCAUAACAUGUGUUAUUUCUGUGCGUAAUAGUGGAUGUUGUUAAUACUGAGUGAAAGAUAACCCUCUCAAGGUGUAUAAUCUUAGAGUCUUUGCUACAAGUUUGUGUUUCUGUGAGUGUGGCUGGCUGUGAAAUGAGUGAAUGCUGAAUGCUUCUUUUUUAUGUCUUUGGCUGAGCGGGUUUGUGUGUUCACCCAAUGUCUUUGUACUGUAGAACAUGACUAUAGCGGGACCUACUACAGCGGGACCAUCCCUGCAGCGGGAUCGUACAAGAAUCCCCCUUCUAGUCUCUAUGUAAACUCAAUUACCUAUGCCUGGGUAUAACGGGGCAAGGUGAGGCCCGAACUUGAUACAGCGCGAGAGAUCAAGCAAGCUCUAGCUGGGGAAAGGGGGUGGGAGGCUGAAGGUGGGCUCUCAACAGGCACUCAGCGAUGCAGCGUUGUGAUUGGCCUGUCCAGUGAUGAGUGAGGUGGGUAGGCGGCAGAGAGAGACGCGUUACGUGAGCCACUCUAAAAGUGAUGUGCUAUAGCCUAGACGCUCUGUAUAAGAGCAUAUAUAGGCCAUAGCCCCAGGCUAGGCCAGAAAGUAAAAGAAGAUUAGAGCAUGUAGUGUCUGAUUCCUGAUUCAUUAAAUUGCUAUUGUUGAUGCUCAGGCAUAUGCACGAAUCCACCUCACCAGUUCUACAGCAGGCCUACCUGUACGAUAGACAGCACAAGCAACAAGACCGAGGAAAAGAUGGCUUCCAACAAAGUCAAAAGGAAAUGCUUCCCACUCGAAUUGAAGGCUGAGAUAAUAAUUGACGAGAAAAGGAAGUCUAAGCUAAAGACCAAAUUUUAUUGAUAUGUAAGGGAGGUCAUCAUGUGGAUUUUCCUAUUUUAAUUGGGUAAAUCCUCUUUGCUUACCUUUAGCGGGAACUCGCCAACAGCGAGAUUUUUCCUCUGGAACCAAAAGUCCUGCUAUAGCCGUGUUCUACUGUAUAUUAUAUAUAUAUUAUAUAUCAAAAGAAGAGGUGGUUGAGCUGUUCGAUUCCUGCUGGGGCCUGUUACUUUUAGAAACUUACGAUCUCCAGUUUUUCUAUAGUGUGGUCUUACUGAUGAAGAGCAUUGCUGGCUUCAUCCUAGCCAGCUUGUAAAGGCAGUUGUUGUUAUUUACCAAAGUGUUCUGUUGAUAUGAUCUGACGUGAGCAAGCCUCAACUUCUCUGCUACGUCUGCCCUGGAGGGGGUUUUCCCUGUAUGUGCUGUAGUGUUUGUGCUUGGAGGCUUGUGUGGUGCGUGAUCAUUGGCCAGUUUGGUUUGCUGGGAAUUUUUUGAGGCAGCAGUAGAUUGAUUGGAAGUUGUAACAUUGAGUGGUGGUUCCUGUUGUGAUUUUUAUAUGGGGGAUUAGUCUGUUUUCUUGGGGUUUGUCGUAGAAUUAGGGUGAUUUGCAUUUCUCGUUUUGCUCAUAGUUGAACAAGAUUUUGUGCCAUGUACACGUUGGGUUGUUGUACCGAUUCUGCUGACCGAUGUGUAAUUUUUAUGACACGAAUCAGGAGAUCAAACUUAUUCAUUGACAGUGGCGUCUUUUGUACAGUUGUUUGGCUUUUUAAGGCAGCCUGCCUUCCAGAUCGUCUAAAUUGUGUUUGUGGGGGUGUAGAGCAUUUACUGUCAAAGAGUAUUGCUAGUCUCUUUAAGAUGUAUUGAUCUGAAUUCAAACCGAGGUGUUCCUUUUCCUGGUUCAGGUUGUGGCUAGCCACUGCUGAUAGUGUGAAGACUUAUUUUGUUUUUGUUUCCAUUUGAGGGCAGGCCUCCCUAGUUUGUUAAAAAUCUUUUUCUGGUUCAUGGGUGUGAAAUUGUUAGUUGGUGUGCAGGUUACUGCACUAAAUAUCUGACUAAAGAAUUGAAAGUUACAGUGUCCCACAAUUCUUCUUGAUUGGAAAUAUUUUAUGCGUCCAUGGACAUAAUUGAGAUCAAUUUUCCUUGCCAUUUUCUUGUGAGGCUGCCAGCCCAGUCCAACACUCCUUGGGGGGGUGUGUUCAGUCCAGUGUAAACGCCCCCACUACUAGUGAAGAAUAAAUUAUGAAUCUUGUUCAGUUUGCUCAGGGCUAUUUGAUGGCUGAAUUUACCCUCACUCAGAUGAAGAAAGAGAAUUGUACUUCAUGCCGAAGUGUCCAUUAUGCAGUUAUGUAGGUUUUGCUCUUUGCUUGCAGUCUCCGUAGAUAUAUCUGGCAGAGCAAUAGAUUGUCUCCAUGCUGUGUUUAAAACCACAUGGUCUUUUAAUUAGAAAAAGUGAAAGAUGUGGGUGGAUUGGGAGGUGGGGGGGGGGGGAAUUGUGAAUGAAUGAAUGUCUGCUGUGACUAAGGGUUUGUUGAGGAUUUACAGCCUGUCUGUUGUAUGGCAGGCACUUGUAAUCUCUCACACAUUGAUUGACAUCUAAGGCAGUCCGUUCCUGUUUGUCAGGGUUAAACCUCUUUUGAUAUUGCAUUAAGUGUUGAGGAUACAUUUUUCUGUUGGUUGGACCAUGAGAAUUUGUCAUUAGAACAAACGAGAAUCACUCGUGUCUUCUGACUGUGGGUAGUUGGUGGGUGCUGUGCUGUGGGUUGCUUCUUCUUUCCUUUCUUCGUCCUUAUCUCUCCAUUUUAUGUUUGUUACUUUCGUGUAUCACAUUUAGCCUCCAGCACUUGUAUGGCCUAAUUGUGUUGCAAGUACCAUUAAACUUUUGAAACAAAUGUCUUGUAGCUAAUCAGCCAAUCAAAAGUAGUUGUGUUCAGUGGUUGUUUAGGACCCUGGAGUAAGGGUAUGGAAGUGUCCAGCUGAAGACAAUCGUCAUGGGUUUUUGUAGAGGGAGAAGGGAAGUGAAGACUUCCGUAUGUGAUAGGCAGUGAGGGUCUGGUGUCUAAGAAUCAAGGAGUUAUAUGACUAAUGAGGGGGGGGGGGGGUCACUGAGGUGGUGCAUUGAAAUGAACUGUUUGGUUGUGGGUGGUGUUGUUGAGUUGUGAAGUUAUGUGGGCCUUCUUGUUAACACUCAGUUUUAGGCUAUCCUUAUGUACUGUUCAGAGUGUAAAAUACAAAUGUUGGAAAAAGUUCAUUUUCUGCAAUCUCACGAGAUGAAUUUUUACCCUGAGCAACCCAGAGAAGAAACAUAGCCGUGUAAUGGAACAUGGUUGUUAUGUUUGGCUCCCUGGCACUAACUAUAUUCCUGACACCUGUGGGCAAACCCGAGACAACCUCUCAAUGUAUAUGACACAUUGUCUUGAGGCCUUGUGUGUGCAACGUAUGUGCUGUACCAAAGUGUCACAUUCUGACAUGCGCGUUGUGCCGAGGCCUUGUAUGAGUCCUCUAUGAUAUCAUGUGUUGUGCCAACACCUUAUUUACAUGGCAGACGUGUUGUGCUGCAUUAUCAUAGUAUAUGAGAUGUGUGUAAAGUUGAGACCCUGUGUUCAUAUGUGAGGAGAGUGUUGUGCUGAGGCCUCAGGUACAUAGUGUGUGACACAUGUCUUAUGCUGGGCACUUGUGUAGCAUAUGUGACACAUGUGUUGUUUUGAGGCCUUGUCUAUGUGACGUGUGUUUGGCUUGUCCUAGUUGUCGUACUAUGAAUCAAACAGAUGUAAGUAGUGUAAGCUUUGUACAUAAGCACCAUCAUGUUUUGUCAGUGUUUCAUCUGAAUGUGAAUAUGUUUCUUUUUCAGUGUCACAUGAAUAAAUUAAACAUUUUUUUUUACUGUGUACGUAUGUUGAUCUUCGCUUAAAUUAUUUCAUGACUCUUAAUUCAGUUUUUGCCAACGACUUUUGUAUGUUUCAGUGUAUAAUAAACUCAUUUGCCAAAUAGA